AUGGCUGAGUACGAAACUUGUAUUCUUGGCAUCAGAAUGGCUCUUGACAUGAACAUUCAAGAAUUACUGAUAAUUGGUGAUUCAAACUUGUUGAUUCAUCAAGUUCAAGGAGAAUGGGCCGUGAAGAAUCCUAAAAUCUUACCUUACGUACAACUGGUGCGGAUGUUAUGUAAAAGAUUUAGAAAGACCAAGUUCAGGCACACCCCGAGAAUACAAAAUGAGUUUUUUGAUACUCUCGCAACCAUAUCCUCCAUGAUACAACACCCAGAAAAAAGUUACAUUGACCCACUUGAGAUAGGUUUAAAAGAACAACCAUCGCAUUGUUUACAUGUAGAAAAGGAAUCGGAUGGAAAUCCAUGGUAUAUCGAUGUGAAAAGGUACUUAGAAUCUGGCGAAUACUCUGAAAAAGCAACAAGCAUCCAAAAGAAAACAAUUCUAAGAAUGACAAACAACUUCUUUUUGAAUGGGGAAAUUCUUUAUAGGAGGACUCCUGAUCUGGGAUUACUACGAUAUGUGGAUGCUGUAGAAGCCACAAAAUUGCUCGAAGAAGUACACGCUGGAGUGUGUGGGACGCAUAUGAAUGGGUUUACAUUAGCAAAGAAAAUCUUAAGGGAAGGAUACUUCUUGAUGACUAUGGAAAAUGAUUGUGUUCGAUUUGUCCAAAGAUGUCAAAAAUGUCAGGUACGUGGAGAUCUGAUCAAAGUACCUCCUCACGAGCUCAAUGCAAUGAGUUCUCCUUGGCCAUUUUUAGCAUGGGGCAUGGAUGUUAUUGGACAAAUUGAGCCUGCUUCCUCCAAUAGUCAUAGGUUUAUUUUGGUCGUCAUUGAUUAUUUCACGAAGUGGGUCGAAGCUGCUUCCUAUAAAGCUGUGACGAAGAAAGUUGUGACUGAUUUUGUUCGCAAUAAUUUGAUAUGUCAUUUUGGAGUUCCUGAGUCUCUCAUCACGAACAAUGGUGCAAAUCUUAACAGACAUUUGAUGAAAGAGAUAUGUGAACAAUUCAAAAUUACCCACCGUAAUUCAACUGCAUAUCGUCCUCAAAUGAAUGGAGCCGUGGAAGCUGCCAAUAAGAACAUCAAGAGGAUACUGAGAAAGAUGAUUGACAACUACAAAUGUCGGAAUGAAAAUUUGACUUAUGCCUUGCUAGGUUAUCGCACCACAAUUCGAACUUCAACUGGAGCAACUCCGUAUUUGUUAGUAUACGGAAUAGAGGCAGUGAUACCGACUGAAGUUGAGAUACCGUCUUUGAGGAUUAUUCAUGAAGCUGGAUUGAGCGAUGCCAAAUGGGUUCGUGAUCGAUAUGAACAAUUCACAUUGAUUGAUGAGAAAAGAAUGAGUGCCGUUUGUCAUGGCCAGUUGUAUCAACAAAGAAUGAUUCGUGCUUCAACAAGAAAGCAAGAGUUCGAACAUUUGAGGUAG